AUGUCUCGAAAACAAGAGUCAUCUGCCCCGACGCCCCCUUCCAGUGUAAAAAACGACGAUAAAAAAUACACUUGCGAUCACACGGGAUGCAACAAGGCCUUCAAUCGGCCUUCUCGACUUACGGCUCACCAGCGCUCCCAUACGGGAGAACGACCAUACAUAUGCGCCUUUGAGAAUUGUGACAAGUCUUAUAUGGAGGAGAAGCACCUCCAGCAACAUAUCAAAGGAACCCACGAAGAGUACCGCCCAUUUGUCUGUUCCCAUUGCAGCAAGGCAUUCGGGACAAGCACCCGUCUCCUGCGCCACGAAGCUAUCCAUACCCAUCGAAACAACCAACUCCGCUGUGUCGACUUUCCACCUUGCGAGCGUGGUUUCAAACAGCAAUCCGCCCUCGAGCGGCACAUUCGGAGCGGCCAUCUCAAUUUGAAACCAUACCUUUGCAAGGAACAAGACUGCGGCGCUUCUUACGACUCUGCCGGUGCGUUGCGUAACCACACCAAUAGGGAGCAUACGGAAAACAAGUUCUGGUGCGACGAAUGCCCUCGUCCUGAGGGUAGCAGCCCGGUCGUUGGCUUCACCACCAAAUCUUUUCUUCAGGCUCAUAUGCGGAAUGAGCACAUGAACUGCGUGUUUUGCUCCUUCAAGUGCACCUCCAAAUACGAUUUGAACAAGCACAUCGAGGUUCAUCACAGUGGUAUGACGGCUGACGACCGUAAGACUUUCCAGUGCAUUCAUCCUGGGUGCGACAAGAAGUUCACUAAGAGAUCAAACCUCAACGUCCACACCCGCGUCGCCCACGAGGGCGUACGGUUCAUCUGUGGCGCUACCGAUCUCACUAAAAGCGAAGGCCUCGAGACCUUCCCCAAUGAAUUUGGUUGUGCGCGAGCUUUUGCGAGCAAGGCCAACCUAGAAGACCACGUUAGGCACGUUCACCUCGGCGUGCCCCGUUUACAGAGGCCGAACAGGCGUGUCACUGCGGCUGUCCAAGACAACAUGGACUAUCUUGAAGAGAUCUCUGGGGCGAUCGAUGCGGACAAACGAACGGUCGAAUGUCCCCGCCUUGGCUGCAACCAGAAAUUCAUCCGCCAUCAUGACCUUCAGCUCCACUUGCCUACCCACGAUGCCGAAGUCCAGGCUCCUGUAUCUCAGGUAGUCAAUGUGGCUCAGCUACCUGGACAGGGUAGCAACAUUGUGCUCUCUGGACAAGAUGGAGUGAACGAAGUCUCCAUGCCGGAUUCCCUUACACCGGAUCCUCUUUGGCCGGAAAGUCUCUGGCCAGGUGAGAGUUUCUUGACGGACCCCAACUCAACGCAGGCUCCCAAUCUUGACCUGUUUCACACGCCCAACGAUCCGGCAAUCGACCCUGCUCUCAACGCCGGCGCCAGCUGGCCCAACGAGCCCCGCUCGUUGGCUCCAGUCUUACAGGCAACAAUUUUGACAUUGAGAUCGCGGUCUCGCAUAACGACUUCCUCCAACCCUUCAACCCUCCCAGCCACAACGAGUGGAUGGCUUCCCAGCAACAGGAAGUGGAAGUUUAGGAGUUCCGCGGCUAUGUCGACAGGGUUUCUGAAGAUGCUGGUGUCGAUACACACCUUUACCCGCUGGACAUCGUCCCUGACGAUGAUUCUUGUUAUGCUCCGCUUCGAGCACUCUGCUCUGCGGCCAUGUGACUGA